UAAAUGUGUAUUUUGUAUUAUUUAUGAAAUAAACGCGGAGGACAGUGAUUUAAUUUUCCUUACAAAAAUGGCUCAAAAUGAAUUUAAUACAUUUCGAAGUUAUGUUAAUAUAUUAAGUGAUCCCUCAGCUAAAGAGGAAAUUAAGUUUAAAGCGGCACAAGAGCUAAGUGAACAUUUUGAACUAAUAAUACAAAGCCCUUCAUACCCAGCUUUCUUAGAACUUGCGCUAAAAGUAUUUAUUCGGAUAUUACAAGAUGGGGAACCACAGUUUAUUCAAGAAAAUAGUUCUCAACAUAUACGAAAAUUAAUAUUGGAAAUGAUUCAUAGAUUGCCUAUUAGCGAAAACCUGCGUCAACAUGUAAAGCCCAUAAUCUCAGUAAUGCUUAAGAUUCUUAGAAGCGACAACGAAGAAAACGUACUGGUUAGUCUAAGAAUAAUAAUAGAAUUACAUAAACAUUUCCGGCCGUCGUUUAACCCUGAGGUGCAACACUUUCUUCUAUAUGUAAAGGACAUAUACACGGAGUUGCCAAACCAUAUGAACAAAAUAUUUGAACAAAAGCAGCAACCGAUGCGUGUAAAGGAUCUUAAAGAACUAAAUAUUGACCACCUCUUAUCUAUAACUUAUGCUCCCAGAAUUAUACAUGUUGAAAGUCUGCAAGACUCGUCACCGCAAGUGUUUAAUCUUUUACCUAAAGGGGUCUUGUCCUUAAGGGUAUUACAAGAGCUGCCUAUAAUCGUGGUAUUAAUGUACCAGAUAUAUAAGACUGCAGUUCAUCAGGAAGUUUCUGAGUUUAUUCCGUUAAUUAUGACCACAAUCAACUUACAACCUUCUCCGCAGCAAAGGUGGAAUUCUGCUGAUCUUAAUAAAGAGAUAUUCGUUGAUUUUAUGGGCGCCCAAGUAAAAACAUUAUCAUUUUUAGCCUAUAUUGUUAGGAUAUUUCAGGACUUAAUACUUACACAUUCAGCAUCAGUUACAAAUGGAAUGCUUAGUCUAAUGGAACUGUGCCCGAAAGAAGCUGCCCAUUUAAGGAAAGAAUUGCUGAUAGCUGCCCGCCACAUUUUCGCUACCGACUUGCGGCAAAAAUUCGUUCCUAUAAUAGAGAAGCUCUUCAAUGAAGAUCUAUUAAUUGGCAAAGGAGUGACUCUGGAGUCUAUUCGACCGUUAGCAUACUCGACUUUAGCGGAUUUGGCGCACCAUGUUCGGCAGAGUUUAUCUCUGGACGUGCUUGAAAAAGCAGUUAAUUUGUUUUCAAAAAACGUUCACGACGAGUCUCUUGCAACUGGUAUACAAACCAUGUCUUGCAAACUAUUGCUAAACUUAGUGGACUGCAUCAGGCAGCAUAGUGAAUUGGAUGCUAUUAAAGCAAGAAAUAUAUUGGUUUCUUUGUUAAAAGUAUUCGCAUAUAAAUUCAAAACUAUAGCAAAAAUUCAGUUGCCUUCAAUAAUACAAAAGUGGAAGAGCCAGUCUUCUGCACCGGCAGCAAAUUUGUCACCAGGUACUUCGAAUACGUCCAACACCAACAGCUACAACGACUUUAAAGAUGGAGUUGGGGAAAAUGGAUCAACAAUGGAUCAGGCAAUGAAAAUUAAUAUCGUAGGAAAUCAUUGGUUAUGCCCUGCCAAUAUAGUGGAAUAUCGAGGUUUAGUAAAAACUUUGGUUGGUGGAGCUAAAACAAUCACUUGGGGAUUCAUAAGUUCUAAACCUAUCUUUUCUGACAUGAAAAAUAAUCAGGAAAAAUUAUUUGACUCAAGUGAAUUAAAAAUAUAUAUUGAUUUGGUGUAUUGGGCAAUGGAGGCUUUGGAUAUAUACACAAUAAGUACUGCUAACACCAAUCAACAGAGAACAUCAAACCAGGGACCAAGAACUAAAGAAGAAAAAGAAGUUCUGGAACACUUCAGCGGCAUUUUUCUAAUGAUGCAUCCUCAAAACUUCCAAGAGGUGUUUGCCACUACUAUUGACUUUAUGGUCGAAAGGAUUUCUAAAAAUACAUCCCUCCAAGUAGUGGCAAAUUCAUUCCUCGCAAAUCCAACAACGUCACCUCUUUUUGCAACAGUGCUCGUUGAAUAUUUAUUAGGAAAAAUGGAUGAAAUGGGUUCAAAUAUCGAACGCUCAAAUCUAUAUUUGCGAUUGUUUAAAUUGGUAUUUGGAAGUGUAAGUUUAUUUCCGGUUGAAAACGAACAGAUGCUUCGUCCGCAUUUGCAUAAUAUCGUCAAUAGAUCAAUGGAACUGGCACUAACGGCUGAAGAACCAUAUAACUAUUUUCUAUUACUACGUGCCCUAUUUAGAUCAAUCGGCGGAGGAAGCCAUGAUUUAUUAUAUCAAGAAUUUCUGCCACUAUUACCGAAUUUAUUAGAAGGUUUGAAUCGUUUGCAAAGUGGUUUUCACAAACAGCAUAUGAAAGAUCUUUUUGUUGAACUCUGUUUGACUGUACCUGUUCGAUUGUCUUCUUUGUUGCCAUAUUUACCAAUGCUUAUGGAUCCCUUAGUCUCAGCUCUUAAUGGAUCAGCAACAUUAAUAAGCCAGGGCUUGAGGACGUUAGAACUUUGCGUUGACAAUCUGCAACCAGACUUCUUAUAUGAUCAUAUUCAACCUGUUCGAGCAUCAUUAAUGCAAGCACUUUGGCGAACGCUCCGAAAUCAAGAUAAUGCCGCUCUUGUUGCUUUUCGUGUGCUGGGCAAGCUUGGAGGUGGGAAUAGAAAAAUGAUGACUGAACCACAGACUUUACAGUUUAAAGAAAAUGAUGCGGUACCCACCGCCGUCGUUACAUAUUUUCAAGAUCACGAUAAACCAAUUGAUUUCCCUAUUGAAAAAGCAAUUGACACUGCUUUUACUGCACUUAGCUCUAAUACGACAGAUGCAUUUUAUAGGAGACAGAGUUGGGAAGCGAUACGAUGCUUUCUAGCCGCUUCUAUUAAUCUUGACGAUGACAAAUAUACUUUACAGAAGUUGUUCAUGCAUAAUAGUUUUACUGAAGGAAAUAUAAUGAUUUCUCCAAUAAUUCAAACUAAAUUAGAAGAAGAGCAUUCACGCAAAACACAUCAGACAGCAUUAACAGGAAUGUUGGUGGCAUCUGCAACAAAAGAUCUUCGGGAGUCUGUUUUCCCGGUUAUGGUUGCCGUUGUUCGCCACUACACUAUGGUGGCAAUAGCACAAGAAGCCGGUCCCUUUCCAUAUAAGCAUUAUCACAGCUCGCAAGGUGUUGAUCCGCUUGUCUUAAUCGACGCUCUAGCAGUAUGCAUGGGACAUGAAGAGAAAGAAUUAUGCAAGCCCGGUCAUCUCUGUAUGGAACUAAUUUUGGAAACAGCAAGUACAAUAAUGGGUACUAAAGAAAGAGCGUGUCGUCUGCCUUUGAUUCAGUAUCUUGUGGAAAAAAUGACUGCACUUUGUUAUGAGCGGCCGUGGUACGCGAAAGUGGGCGGAUGCAAAGCUAUACAAUUUCUAUAUCAGCAUGUGUCGUUAAAAUCUUUGUAUCAACACCUUUUCACAUUUUUAAAGGCAUUUCUAUUUGUUUUGAUGGAUUUGGAAUGUGAAGUUUCAAGCGGUGCUAUCGACGUCGCUAAGACCAAUCUUAGAAACAUGCUCAAAUUAUGCAUGGUGCCGCUAGAAAACGAAAACAAUAAUGAAGAAAUAGUCACUUUUCAAAACAAAGCGAUGUACGAAAUUGUCCACGAGCUCGUUCGCCAAGUGACCAGCUCUAAUGCUUUGGUUCGUGAGGAAGCAAUGGGUUCUCUAAAUUUCAUUGCUAAACUACAAAAGAAAACUGUAUAUGAGAUAAUGGACCCACAUAAAGAGGUUUUAGCUGAUAUAAUACCUCCGAAAAAACACCUAUUGAGGCAUCAACCGACGAAUGCUCAAAUUGGCCUAAUGGAAGGCAAUACAUUCUGCACUACCCUUGAGCCGAGGCUUUUUACGAUAAGUCUUACCAACAAUUACCACCGAUUAUUUUUUCAUGAGCUGCUAACUCUGAGUGAAGCUGAAGAUGCCACUCUAAAUAAAUUGGACUGUUACAAAAAUGUUGCAAAUCUCAUACCACUGCGGAAGAGUGCUUUAAGGGCCUUAGCAGCUUGCCAUUACAUAACUGAUAGCCAAUGUAAGGAAAAAAUUAUCAAUAUUCUUUUUAAGGUGAUGGAAAGCAACAAAGAGGAGUUGCAGGAAGCGGCUUUUAAUUGCACCAAAGUGUUUAUUUCUGGAAUUCAUAUUGACAAGGAAAAGGUUCAUGCUGGAAUGCGGCCGUUACUGUUAACAUUGGGCGAUCAUCGGAAUCUUUCUUUAACAGCAACGAAGAGACUUUCGUACUUCACACAGCUAUUCCCUCAAAUGUUUAAUGAAAAACUAAGUGAACAAAUUUUACAACAUUGUCAGAAGAUUUUAGAAAUGUCUAUUUCUUCGCACAAAUCAAGUACGAAUCAAGGGGGCAAUUUUUUUACGAUUGCCAAACGUGAUGAAUAUGAACAAAAAGUUGUAACUCUAAUUGAAAUGUUUCAUCAAAUAACAGCAGCGUCGCCAAAAUAUAUCGACAGUCUCUGUCAGCUGGUCUUGAAAACUGAAAAAAGCUUAAUGAUCGAAUCAUCAAGCCCGUAUCGUGAACCUCUCGUGAAAUUUUUACUUCGGUUUCCUGCCGAGACCGUGGAUCUGUUCGUUUCUGAUGGUAUAAUUGUAAAUGCCCAAUGGAAUAGGUUUUUCUUAUAUUUAUUAAAUCACAAAUGUGGACAACCAUUUCGCACUGUUAUUAAGACACAUAAAUGCAAUGCCUUAGUUAAGCUUAUAAACGGAACAUUAAACUCGAACCCGCAAUUUGAGCAAUCACAGAAAUAUGAAGCUCAACAUCAGGCAGUGCUGCUAGUGUAUACAAUUAUGGAAAUGGACGAUCAGUGGAUUCCUACACAAACGGACAUUGUAUUAGCCUUAAAAAAGUUAUGGGAGACAAGUUUGUAUAGUACAUGCAAAGACAAUGUUACCUGUGAUUUGUGGCAUUUAGUUGGGAAAAUAUUGCUACUGUAUUUUUCCCACAAUACCAAUGAUAUUGAUUUACUUUUUCAACUUCUACGAGCGCUUUGUUUACAUUUCAUACCGGACUUCCAUUUUCUACGGGAAUUUUUACAAAAUACUGUAGCUCAAAGCUAUACUGUUCACUGGAAAAGAAAAGCGUUUUUCCACUUUGUUGAUAAAUUUAAUGGUACUACUCUCUCAGAAGAUCUUAAAGCAAAAAUUAUAACAGCCGUGCUUAUUCCUUGCUUCAUCGUAAGCUUUGAUAAAGGGGAAGGAAAUAAAUUGAUAGGGGCACCCCCAGCAUCAUAUACCGAUGAUGAAAACAAUGUUGUAUCUGUUUUCAUCAGCAAAGUAUUUGACCCCGACAAACCGUAUGCGAAUGAAGAUGCAGUUAGAAUUGCAUUACUGCAAUUUGCUUGUUUGCUUGUGGAAAGAGCUUCACAGCACAUCCAUGACGGUGAUGCUAAUAAUAAGCGACAGGGCAACAAGCUUCGCCGUCUAAUGACAUUUGCAUGGCCUUGCUUGCUUAGUAAGAGUUCAGUGGAUCCAACAGCUCGAUAUCACGGACACCUUCUACUAGCUCAUAUAAUUGCUCGAUUGGCUAUACACAAAAAGAUUGUACUUCAAGUGUUUCUUUCGUUGCUCAAGGGGCAUGCCCUUGAAGCUAGACCAGUUGUUCGUCAAGCACUUGAUGUCUUAACACCGGCGAUGCCAUUACGAAUGGAAGACGGAAAUACUAUGCUGACUCAUUGGACAAAAAAAAUUAUUGUCGAAGAAGGGCACUUAAUGCAACAACUAUAUCAUAUUCUUCAAUUGAUUGUACGCCAUUAUAAGGUAUAUUAUCCCGUACGUCAUCAUUUAGUACAGCAUCUCAUUAAUUAUAUGCAACGCCUUGGGUUUCCUCCCACUGCGUCAAUGGAACAUAGAAAACUUGCUGUUGAUAUCGCUGACGUAAUAAUCAAAUGGGAGGGACAGCGUAUCAAAGACGAAGAGAAGGAAACAAAAGUGGAGGAUAUAAAUCUAGAUGGUGGAGGUGCAGUAUGUGACAGUACUAAUAAACGAUCGUCUGAUGAAGUGAGCGCACAACGCAAGAAAGCCAUCACAUCCGAUGGUCAAAGGAAUCUAAUCGGCCAAUGUACAUCUGGAAUUAAUCAAAGUCAGAAAAUGGACGAAGCUUUCCGAUCGAUAGAAAAAACCCAUUGUGAUACAGUACUUAAUUUUCUAAUACGUCUUGCAUGUCAAGUAAACGAUAAUCAGCCCGCAGUUAUUUCGCCUGGCGAGGGAUUGUCGCGCAAAUGCAUAAUGCUAUUAAAGUCGGCAAUGCAAAAUAAAUGGCCCCAACCGUUCGAACUUAAACUAAAUUGGCUGGAUAAAGUGUUUAUGACUAUUGAAACUCCAACACCAAAUCUGAGUAACAUUUGCACUGGAUUGGACUUUGUUACGUUUUUAACAACGAUUUUGCCGGCUGAUCAAUUGCUAUCAACCAUAAGACCAAUUCAAAAAGGGCUUUCAAGCUGUAUAAUACACCAGAAUACACGAAUUGUUCGUCUUAUGCAUGCUUUUCUGACAAGACUUAUGACAAUUUUUCCACCAGAUAUCAAUCAUAAACACGAAGAUCUUGAUAUACUAUAUAGUGCUAUAAGCAAAAUGAUCUCGGAUAAUUUGACCUUAUAUGAAAAAAGCCCUCAACCCAAUCCCCCGUCACUGUUUGGAACGCUAAUGAUAUUAAAGGCCUGUUCUUCCAACAAUUCAAGUUAUAUAGACAGACUUAUGUUACAAUUUAUAAGAGUGUUAAAUAGGCUGACAAAGGAUCACUUAAAUACACAAGGUAAUGGUCAACCUAUUGCUUCCAGUACGGACAGCAGUCAUAUAUCUUUGGAGUUGCUCGUCCUUUCUUUAGACUUGAUAAAAAAUCGAAUAAUCAUUAUGGGAGUUGAAGUGCGCAAAUUAUUCAUUGGAAAUAUUCUUGUAAAUCUGAUUGAAAAAAGCUUAGACGUCAAAGUCUUAAAAUCGAUAAUAAAAAUGCUCGAUGAAUGGAUAAGAGCGAAAGAACAAAAUCCAAUAAUGCAAAUACCUUCAAUACGAGAAAAGUCUAUUUUAUUGGUGAAACUUAUGCAGUAUUUAGAGAAAAAGUUUUCAGACGAAACGGAAUUAAAUAUACAAUUCUUAGAGAUCGUAAACUACAUAUACCGAGACGAAUAUUAUAAGCAAACUGAACUGACAGCUAAACUUGAAGGUGCUUUUCUAACUGGUCUGCGAUGUCAAGAUCCACAGAUAAGAUCCAAGUUCUUUGAGAUUUUAGAUGCAUCAAUGAGAAGGAGGCUUCACGAUCGCCUUCUUUACAUUAUCUGUUCACAGGCUUGGGACUCAAUUGGCACACAUUAUUGGAUAAAACAGUGCAUUGAGCUUUUAGUUCUGACCACUAACACAAUGACCCAAAUUCAAAAUUCAAGUGAAGCGCAUAAGGUACCAAGUAUCAAAUCAGUAAUCAAUCUCGCUGAAGGCCAGGAUAAAAGUAGCUUCGUAAUAUAUACGUCUUCUCAUACUGAAUGCUUUGAGGCAAUGCAAGUCGAAGACAAGGAAGAUGUUUUUGAUAAUGAUCUUGAAACAAAUUGGAGUGUGAAUCGCAAUCAUGAGAAUGACAAAGAAUUACCGAAGCGUAAAUUACAACUUCUAAUAAAUAAACAAAUUGAAUUUUUAGAAGCUAAUCGUAAAAUUAAUACGGAACAGUUAAUUAUAGCUAUUGCACAACUUUGCCACAUGGAUAUAGAACUAGCAGAAAAUGUGUGGUUAAUAAUUUUUCCAAGGCUUUGGGCAAUUUUCGAUGAGGAACAGCAGCAUUUAAUUGCGAGAGAACUCGUUCCAUUCCUCUCUUCCGGUAGCAACGUGGUGCAAAAGGACUGCUUUCCUAGUGCACUUAACACCUUUGUAGAAAGUCUAAUGCAAUGUGAACCUCCGAUAUAUAUUCCACCAUAUUUAAUGACAUAUCUAGGUAGAGCUCAUAAUCUCUGGCAUCGAAUGACUUUAGUACUGGAAGAACUUCACCAUGGAACUAGAAAAAUAUCUCUCGAUAAUUCCGAACCGGAUCAACAAGAGCAAUUCUCUGCAAUGAAAAAAAAUUUAGUAUAUGAUUCCCUCUCUCAAAUGUAUGCUACCAUGCAUGAAGAGGAUCUUUGGGCUGGUUUGUGGUUGAAGUAUGCACAUUAUCCAGAAACUAAUAUUGCUAUAGCCUACGAGCAGAUGGGAUUUUUCGAGGAAGCUCAGGGAGCUUACGACUUGGCAAUGUCAAAGUUCAAACAUGAUCAAGCCAAUGGACUGAUUAACACAGAUGUUAACAGUGAAUUGCUUCUCUGGGAAAACCAAUGGAUUCGUUGUGCAAAAGAGCUGAAUCAGUGGGAUAUUUUAUUGGAUUACGCCCAAACAAAUAAGGAAAAAAACAUGUUUCUUAUACUUGAAAGUGCAUGGCGAGUGCCGGACUGGAAUUUAAUGAAAACUGCUAUAUCCAAAACAGAGCAAUCUUUUGCAAAACAAUUUGGUUAUAAAAUUCAUUUAUAUAAAGGUUUUCUGGCUAUAUUACAUCAGGAAGAUCGUCAACUCUUGAACGUUGAGAGACAUAUUGAAAAUGCAUCUGCAUCAUGCAUGAAAGAAUGGCGAAAGUUGCCUCCUAUUGUUUCACAUAUACAUUUACAAUAUCUACAGGCGGCUCAACAAAUAAUGGAAUUACAUGAGGCAAGCACCAUACAUCAGGGCUUAAUUCAAUCACGUAAUACCUCUAUCCACGAUAUGAAAGCUAUUGUGAAAACGUGGCGGAAUCGUCUGCCUGUGGUUGCAGACGAUUUAUCACAUUGGAGUGAUAUAUUUACAUGGCGACAGCAUCAUUAUCAAAUAAUCACUCAGCACCUUGAGCAACAAUCGGACCAGGGUAAUACCAUGCUUGGGGUCCAUGCCUCCGCUCAAGCAAUAAUUUAUUUUGGAAAAAUCGCAAGAAAACAUAACUUAACUGGAGUUUGUCAGGAAACUUUAUCGCGAAUAUACACUAUACCCUCAGUGCCAAUUGUGGACUGUUUUCAGAAAAUACGACAACAAGUGAAAUGUUAUUUGCAAAUGGCCGCUUCUUCGGGGAAAACUGAACUAAAUGAAGCGCUUGAAGUAAUUGAGUCUACCAAUUUAAAAUAUUUCACAGGAGAAAUGAAUGCGGAAUUCUACGCUCUGAAAGGACUACUUUUAGCACAAAUCGGGCGUUCCGAAGAAGCAGGUAAAGCAUUCAGCGCAGCAGUGCAACUUCAUGAUGGGCUAACGAAAGCUUGGGCCAUGUGGGGUGAUUAUAUGGAACAAAUGUUUCUUAAAGAUAGACAAAUGGUUUUGGCGGUUAGUGCCAUAACUUGCUAUUUGCAUGCUUGCCGACACCAAAAUGAAAGCAAAACGAGAAAAUAUCUGGCAAAAGUUUUGUGGUUUCUGUCCUACGAGAAUGCAAGUGGCACUCUUAUGAGUACUUUAGAAAAAUACGUGGUCGGUGUACCACCGCCGUAUUGGCUCCCUUGGAUACCGCAACUACUUUGCUGCUUGGUGCAAUAUGAAAGCAAUGUUAUUUUGAAUCUUUUGAGUCAUGUAGGACGUUUAUUUCCUCAAGCCGUGUACUUUCCUAUUCGUACUUUAUAUCUAACAUUAAAAAUCGAGCAAAGGGAGAAACAUAAAACAGCUGAGCAAGCCGGUUUUAUUGGAAAACUUCAAACACCGGUGCUCGACAGCCAAAAUACUGGUCAAACAAUCAAUACACAAACGAGUACCGGGUCAACUGUUAAUCCAAUCAAAGCAACACCUUCAAUGUGGCGUUGUUCUAAAGUAAUGCAUGUGCAACGGGAAAUCCAUCCAACAAUUCUCAGCUCCUUAGAGGGAAUCGUGGAUCAGAUGGUUUGGUUCAGAGAAAGCUGGACCGAGGAAGUGCUAAGGCAAUUACGACAAGGCUUAAUUAAGUGCUAUGCAAUUGCAUUUGAAAAUAGAAGCGCUGUAAACGACGCUACAAUUACACCGCACACUCUACACUUUGUUAAGAAAUUAGGAUCUACAUUUGGCAUUGGCAUCGAGAAUAUACCGGGAUCCGUGGCAGCCUCUGCCUCGAAUUCAGCAGCAUCUGAGUCUAUAGCUCGUAGGGCUCAAGUUACCUUCCAAGAUCCAGUGUUUCAAAAAAUGAAAGAACAAUUUACCAAUGAUUUCGACUUUUCUAAGCCCGGAGCUAUGAAAUUGCAUAAUCUCAUUUCUAAAUUGAAAACAUGGAUAAAAGCUUUAGAGGCUAAAGUGAAAAAGCUUCCAACCUCAUUUCUUAUUGAAGACAAAUGUAGGUUUUUGUCAAACUUCAGCCAAAAGACAGCCGAAGUUGAGCUGCCUGGAGAAUUACUAUUGCCAUCCUCUUCUCAUUAUCAUAUACGUAUCGCAAGGUUUAUGCCACGCGUGGAAAUAGUUCAAAAAAACAACACGGCAGCAAGACGAUUAUAUAUUCGUGGAACUAAUGGAAAGAUUUAUCCAUACUUAGUCGUUAUAGACACAGGACUCGGCGAUGCCCGAAGAGAAGAACGCGUUUUGCAAUUAAUGCGAAUGCUUAACUAUUAUUUGGAGAAGCAAAAGGAGACUGCCAGACGUUUUCUGAAUAUGACGAUUCCCAGAGUAGUUCCGAUAUCUCCACAAAUGCGCUUAGCUGAAGAUAACCCAACAAGUAUUUCCUUAAAAGAGAUUUACAAAAAAUGUUGUUUGAAGUUAAAAAUAGAUCAUGACCUUCCAAUCGUCAAGUAUUACGAUCGCCUCUCGGAAGUUCAGUCACGAGGGACUCAAACCACCCAUACAGUUCUGUGUGAUAUAUUUUGUGAAGUUCAGACUACCAUGAUUCAAAGUUCGUUGUUUAAAAAGUGGGCUCUUAAUAGAUUUAUUUCUUCCACUGACUUUUGGCAGUUCAGAAAAAUGUUAACUCUGCAGUUGGCACUUGCAUUCUUAUGUGAACACGCCCUUCACUUGACAAGAUUGAAUGCGGAUAUGAUGUAUAUUCACCAAGACUCCGGUUUAAUGAAUGUUUCAUAUUAUAAAUUUGAUAUCAAUGACGAAAAGGAAGAGCUUGACUGCAAUCGGCCCGUGCCGUUCCGUCUUACACCAAACAUUGCUGAGUUUGUAACCAAUAUUGGAAUAACUGGCCCUAUGUCUGCUGCAAUAGUGGCCACUGCACGUUGCUUUGUGCAGCCGAAUUAUAAACUUUGUUCAAUUCUGAAGGCCAUUCUCAGAGACGAGAUAAUUGCUAUACAGAAGAAACGCAUUCGAGAUAAUAAACUUGUGGAGCCAAUAGCGGAUUCCGCCAUUGAUAUGAACGCUAUGGACAACACCAUCAGUUUGAUCAAUAAGGCUGUCGCGGUUAUAAUGUCACGACUGAAUUCCAUUUCUUACUUUGAUAACACAGAAUCCAAAAAAGUGUCCAUUUUGAUACAAUCUGCAAUUAACCCGGACAAUUUAUGCCGCAUGGACCCAGCAUGGCAUCCCUGGUUAUAAAGUUACAAACCUCUGUAUUUUUCACUAUUUGUGGUUAUGUUUAAGGACUUUCUAUAAGUAAUUAAUUAAAAAAAAUAUAUGUUCAUCUUGCUUUUUAAUAAUCAAUAGAUUUCUUUAGGUUACUUAAUUUUUCAAAAAUAUUUCUUUAGCAAUUUUGUCUAGAAUUUCCCAAUCGGAUAAGCAGCAGCUCCCAAAUCAUUCCCACCUAUACCUUUUUCGUCUAUUAGACUGCAAGUAUUUUUCCGCACGGAGUAACAUCAUUUGACGUGUAAAUAGCUGCAAAAUAAAUGUUUCUCUCAAGUGUUCGGAUUUCACAA